ACCAGGACAAACUCUCCAUCACACGAUGUCCUGAGAAAGAAAAUGUCCAACCGAACCACUGUGACCGAGUUCCUUCUCCUGGGAUUCUCUGACAUUUGGGAGCUGCAGAUUUUGCACGUUCUGGUGUUUCUAGUGAUUUACCUGGCAGCCCUGGUGGGGAAUCUUCUUAUCUUCAUGGCCAUAGCCUUCGACCACCACCUUCACACCCCCAUGUACUUCUUCCUGAUGAAUCUCUCCGUCGUAGACCUUGGCUCCAUCUCUGUCACUGUCCCCAAAUCCAUGGCCAACUCCCUCAUGAACACCAAGUCCAUUUCCUAUGCUGGAUGUGUUGCCCAAGUCUUUUUCCUUCUCUCCUUCCUGACAGCAGAUUUUUCCCUUCUCAUCGUCAUGGCGUAUGACCGAUAUGUCGCCAUCUGCCAACCACUGCACUAUGAGGCAAUGAUGAACAGCAGAGCUUGUGUCCGACUUGCAGCCAGUGCCUGGAUCAGUGGGAUUCUCUACUCUGUGCUACAUACUGGAAACGUGUUUGCAUUGACCUUCUGUAAUGGCAACAUAGUGGAUCAGUUCUUCUGUGAAAUCCCCCAGCUACUCAAGCUCACCUGCUCUGACUCAUAUUUGAGAGAAGUUAGGGUUCUUGCCUUUAGUAUAUGUUUAGCCUUAGGCUGCUUUGUUUUUAUCAUUGUGUCAUAUGUUCAGAUCUUCAAAUCAGUGCUCAGAAUCCCCUCUGAGCAGGGCCAGCAUAAAGCCCUAUCCACCUGCUUUCCUCACCUCAUUGUGGUUUCCUUGUUUAUUUUCACUGGCUUCUUUGCUUACCUGAAACCCAUCUCCAGUUCCCCAUCUACUCUGGAUCUUGUGGUGGCUGUUCUCUAUUCCAUGGUGCCACCAGUGAUGAAUCCAAUCAUCUACAGCAUGAGGAACAAGGAAAUCAAAGGUGCCCUGAGGAGACUGACUGGGUGGAAGUUAUUCACCAAUAAUUAA